AUGGGUCCUUUUGGUUCUGAUUCGUCGAGUACGAAAUCGAACUCAAAUGAUACUUCUGAAUGUGAUUUUACUGAAUCUGAAGUUACUUCUCCUAUUUCUCCACAAAAAGAAGAGAAAAAAGAAGAACAAAUGGUAAGUAACAUGGAUUUCGUAACAAAAACAAUUGAGUCGACAAAAAUGGAAUACAAAAAUUUCUAUUUCUUGAUUGUUUUGGUUUUUCUUGUUCCCUGGCUUGUCAAACUUUUUAUGGCUGUUUAUUUGGGAUACGCUUUGACUUAUGAGAAAAUGAAUGAAAAAUACGUAUUGGAAAACAUUUCUUCAUUGUAUUCUCAGUUACAACAUAUUCCAAACAUUAUUUUUAAUAAGUUUGAUACAAAAUACAACAAAAAUUUGGAAAAACUUUACAAUGCAAAAUUUAAAUUUAUUCAAAAACCUGACAAAAAUUUGACAGAAAAACAUCAAAAAUCCGACAAAACCAGAAAAGAAAAAUUUAUUAAUAAUGUUGAACAAAAUAAUACAGAUCUAGAUAAAGAAGAGUUUGAUGAAAAUUCUAAAAUUUUGAAAGGAAAAUCUGACAAAAAAUUGACAAAAAAACAUCAAAAAUCCGACAAAAAUGAAAAAGAAAAAUUUGUAAGAAAAUUUGAGCAGAAUGAUCUAAAUCUAGAUAAAGAAGAAAUUGAAGAAAAUUCUAAAAAUAUUAAGGAAAAAUCUGACAAAAAUAAUGAAAGCAAUAAUGACAAAAAUUUAGUUAAAAAUUCUUUCGAAAAGGAUGAUUUGAAAAAUAAUGAAAAUAGAAAAUCUGACAAAAACGAAGAUAUUUUUAUUGAAAAUGUUAAAAAAUCUGACAAAAGUGAAAACAGUAAAAAUGAUGGUAAUCAAAAAGGGGAAAAUCAAAAAAUAAGCAGAGAUGACUUUAUUCCAACACUGAGAACAGAAUUCUACAAUAUAAACUUUACUUUGGGAGAAAGAGAGAUUGAAAAGUAUAUCCACAAAUUAUCUUUGUAUUACAAAGAAAUUUUGCCACUUUCUGACAAUUUUGACAUUAUUGAUUUGAACAUUCAAACAGGGAUGAAAAGUUUCAUUUUCAUUCUUAUUUUCUUUUAUAUUAUUUUUGCUUUUGGUGUCUACAAAAUGGAGUAUUUCUACCGCAUAGGAUAUGAAAGUUUAUUCCAUUUUCCCUUGAGAUAUCUUGAAGAUUUGUUGAAAGAAAGAGAUGAACCUCCUCCUCAAAAAUUCCCAACAAAUUGCGUGCUGGAACUUGUCAUUGGUACUGCCACGAAUCUAAUAAAUAAUGUCAGUCCUAAUCUCUACAAUUUGACGGGCUGUUAUCCAUUGGAUGUAAUUGGAAGAAAAUAUGACGAAAUAUUCCCAAUUAUUGAAAAUCGAAAACGUGAAAAUUCUGAAGAAAACCGAACAUUUCAUAUGAAUUUUAGGAAAUCGAAGAAUUUUAUUGAAGAAAGGAAUGUCGUUGGAAGAAUUACGAGAGUUAUAUUAUAUGAUAAAUACGAUGACAAGAAUGAUAUUGUUAAUUUGCUUUCACAGCACAUUCCUCAUGAGAUUGCGAAGAUUUACUGCGAGGAAGGUAAUAUUUCGUGUUGUGAAUCACAAGGGUAUUUCAUGGUUUGCAAGUACAACAACACAGAAUACAACAGCAGUAUUGAACAAGUGUUCAAGAGCAUCCACAACAUCAUGCAGUGCUAUUCCACCGUUCAUUUGAUUGGCAUUGAAGGAUCAAUUCUUCGAUUUGUUUUCCGUGGCUCGGAUCGAAGUGUUCCUCUGUUUUUCAUUCGAGAUUUGCUUAACAUUUCAGUUUGCAACCAUCAUCUUGACAAUUUUGUUGUUUUUUGUGGCAGUAUUUCUAGUGAAAUUGUUAUCCGUGAUGAAGAACCAUAUGUAUUUAGUUUUGUUUCAUCUCAAUCAAAAUCAGAAUCUGCAUCAUUUUAUGUUUGCAAUCGAAGUAUUUUGUUUGUUGAUGACUGUUUGCAUCUUUGUGAAGAAUUUUCAGGCGAAAUCAUUGAAGGAAAUCAUUCAUUACGCGGUUUCCAAAUCAAAUUCGAAGAUCUUGAAAAUGUUGUUUGUAAUAUAUAUUAA